AUGGCAAUCUCUGAGUCUUCUUCCUCACCACCUUGCUCACCAGGGAGUUCAUCUUUAACCAGCCCUAGUAUCCAGAUGGUUUCGAAAACGGUGUCCGAAAGGCUUCUUGGCAAAUUCUUUGAUGCAUCUCAAUAUGAUUUUGAUUAUGAGCAGAGCGGUCUGUGGUCUCCUCCAGUAAGGAGAAGUGUGUUCUUGGCCUCCCCUGGUAAUAUUUGCUCUGAAGAUGAAUUCUUCUCCAAACUCAAAAAAGCAAAGAAGGCUUGCAGGUGGCGCUUGCGCAUUGCCUGCUUCAAUGCCAUUUGGUGCUCUUGAAGUAAAUCUUGUUUUGCCACUUGUCUUUAACAUUUCCCCUUCAAGAAAGGCAUGUUUUGUCUCAAAUUAGAAUACCCAUACUCUAAAGAUCUAAGACAUCCCAUAUUUCCAACAUCUCUCAGUCAAAAAAGGUCCCAAGUCAAAAAGGGCAUUAACUCAUCAGGGCUCAGCAUGUGGCUUUGCAUGUAAAACUACGUUCUAGUUAUCUUUUCUGUAUCACCCCUUUCUAAUAGAAUACUCUGAUAUAACACUUUAUUAUUAUGAUUUAUUAUAUAUUUCAGUUCCACAUGUUUUUUUUUUCUUUUUCUUUUAUCUUUAAAGCUUGAAUAUUUUGGGAUUCUAAAAGAACGAUAACCAUGGAGAAAAUUCGAAAUGGUACAAUGACCCAUCAGCAGACAAAUGUUCAGUAAUAUGCAGGAAGCAAGCUAAAGGAAUUUCCAGGAGACAGGAUCGUUGUUUCCCUGAUAAAGUCCCCCCAAGGAUUUGCUUUUGAAUCUAACAACAAUUGUACUGCAACAAAGGGUUCAUUUAAGAUCCAAAGCUGUAACAUUCUUUUCUUUCCUCUUGGGUUUUACUCUUUUGUCUAUAAAUAAACUUGAAUUAGAUUCCCUCCCACCCCUACUUUUCGGUUAGCUUGUGGACUUUGAGAGAUGCUUCCUGCAAGCAAAUUAAUUGCUCUCUUAAUCCUUGUCACUUUUGAUUAAUUUUGGGUGUGAAUUAGACCUUGCUUUGGUGGGCUUUGU